AUGGCUUCCCAAGGGACAUUCUCCGCCCCAUACCUCCAACGCCUAGACUCCUCUCAACCACACAUCUUCGCACUCCCCUCCAAAAAAAUUAACGAGGGCAGCGAUGUAUCCACCUUCCUCACCUCCCUCGCCUACAGGGAUAUCAUGACCUUCAUCCUCCAGCUUAACCGCGCAAUGGUGCCCCAGAAAACCACCGACGAAGAUGGUUCACCGCGCGUACAGACAUGGCCGCUGAACUGCGAUGCCGUCGAGUUCUCGGAACCCGUGCGCCGUCUGCAGCUCCUACUGUCCAAGCUUGAUUCGAUAGUCGAUGAAGUGCCACCGGACAAGGGGCCAAGGCGCUUCGGAAAUGUCAGUUUUCGCAAGUGGUGGCAAGAGGUGGAAAGGCGGGCGCCGGAGCUGCUGGAUGAGUGUUUACAGCCCGAGGUGCUGAGGCAGGGGGCCCAGGGUCCAGAGUCUGUAUCUGCGAAAGAGGAGCUUACGGCCUAUUUUACAGGGGCGUUUGGGAGUCCGCAGAGACUGGAUUACGGGACGGGGCAUGAGCUGAGCUUUGUGGCUUUUCUGGCUUGUCUGUGGAAGCUUAAUCGGUUUCCGAAGGCGGGGCCGGGGGUGGAGGAGAGGGGCAUCGUUUUGGGUGUUAUUGAACCAUAUUUCGAAUUGAUAAGGCGUUUGAUCAAGACCUAUACCCUCGAACCAGCAGGCUCACACGGAGUCUGGGGUCUGGAUGACCAUUCAUUCCUCCCUUAUAUCUUUGGAUCUGCGCAAUUAUCCCCUCCAAUAUCAGAAUCUGAUAAUACGCCCAUUGAAGGUUCACUACCAAACGCUCCGGAUCCGUCCGCCGUCGACAAGGCAAACAUGGUGGAAAAGGAGCGGAAACAUAACAUGUAUUUCUCAGCUGUCGGGUUUAUUUAUGACGUAAAAAGGGGUCCGUUCUGGGAACACAGCCCGAUGCUUUUUGACAUAUCGGGUAUUCGAGAUGGAUGGGGGAAAAUAAAUAAGGGUAUGAUAAAAAUGUACAACGUGGAAGUCCUCUCCAAAUUCCCCGUCGUCCAGCAUUUCCCCUUCGGCUCCCUUCUCCGCUGGGAACACGAUCCCACAGCCACCCCACCUCCACCAUCCGUCCACAUCGCCAACCGCCAAAUAAGACCUGGCGCAAUGGCCUCCCCUCUAACCGGAGAGCGUGAACAAGUACGGACAAAGGCCCCCUGGGCGACCCCUGCGGGAGGAGGUAUGGGAAUGGGUUUUGGUUCAGGGCUUUCUAUGGCCAUGCCAUCUGCUUCGUUACAGUCAGGUUACGGAACCUCGCGACCUCCUCUGACGAGUACUACAACUAGAGCACCAUGGGGCAGUAAUCGAGAUCCUAUUACGGGACAGCUACCGUCAGCUGAUCCUCGGGCGCCAACUCGGGCGCCGUGGACUAGUGGAGGUGGAGGCCCUCGGGUAGAGGCUAACUUCCCAACGAAGGCGCCGUGGGCGAGGGGUGAUGUUGCUGGUGCUCCAUGA